GAGUGAGUGAGAAGCAUUGCCAAGCGCACACGGUAUGAACGUCCAGUGGCAUGUUUCAAACACUCAACAUGCUUGUAGUUGGCGCGAGGUUGUAGUAUCGUACGAAACGAAAGAGUAGUUUGCGCGUAUUCUUGCCACUUGAAACAACGGACUUGACAGAGUGUAGAAUCUUCGCCGAGGCCAUGUUCAAUUCGAUCCAUGAACGGAGCAAAAGUGUCUUGCGGUAACCGUAACAGUGUUCCUGGCAGUUUCGUUCCGUGUAAGUAAAAAGACGGAAUGAAAUAAAACGCGUGGGGGAGAAACGCGAGGCGAAUUCUGACAUUCCUCGAAGGGAACGUCGCGUUGAUUCCGCGCUGUCUUUCGCGGACGACGAGCACGAAGUUUAGUGAGAGAAAGAAAAGGGAGCACACGGUGAAAUGUACUCGAUAGUACCGGCAUUAGCGUGCACUUCUUAAAGCGGGUCGCAGACGCAGAUGCUGCCCCGUCUCUGCUCCGAGAAACUCGUCGUCGUUCCUGCUGCUCCAAAAUGAGAACGACGUGGUUGUUACGCGUUUGAACAAUUCACCAAUUUUCCUCGAAAAUUUCAUCAAUGAAACGUGCACCUGAACGACGUUAGCCGGAGAAGUGUUCUCUGUUCGAUUACCGGCCCGAUUCCUCGAAUAUUUUUCUAAGUGUUCCUGCUUUUCCCGAUGGUGUAAAACAAAUGAUAAAAUCGUGUAAGAACAGUAAGUAGGAAUUAAAGGAUGGUGUAAAAAGAACAUCGCACGUGAUACGUGGUAAAACCAAGGGCCUGAUAAACAAAAGGAUAAGAGUGCAAAUAAAAGUGAACGACAGAGUGAGACGGCAAAGGAAGGGUGAAAGUGGUUUUUCAUAUUUUUUCUCUACCAAAUUCGGUUUACGGUUGGUGAUGUGAAGAAAGCAAAUCUAAAGGCUGUGUGCUAUUUGGUAUAUUUCAUUCGUCGAUAUAUUGCAAAGUGACGAGUGCGGGAUUAAAAGAAAUAUAAGUGUUACGAUAAUGUAACGGGCAUUUAUACUGGCGAUCUUGUACAAAUGUAGGACCACAGUACCGUCUCAAGGCAAGAUACCAACAGUGGACUUUUCUUCGACGGCCAGCUAUGUUAACGGUGGAAUUCCGCUCGAGAGGAAUCUGAAGGCGGGGACUCUGACGUCACUCCGCUCAUGAUAAUGAGCGUGUAUGUGGCACGGGGAGUGUGUGCUCGCGCGCACAGAUAUGUGCCUGUCGACUGGUCGGUGAUAGAGAGUUUUGGAUGGAUUUAGAGCGCAGUGAAAUAUGCCAAGGAGACGGAAUGGGGAGAUACCGCUUCCGGAAGGGUGGGACGUCGCGCAAGACUUUGAUGGAAAAGUGUAUUUCAUCGAUCACAACACAAGAAAAACAACGUGGAUCGAUCCUAGAGACAGAUUUACAAAACCGCAAACAUUCGCAGACUGUAUUGGAAACGAGCUUCCACUUGGAUGGGAAGAAGCUUACGACAAGCAUGUGGGUGCAUACUACAUUAAUCACGUUAAUCAAACGACGCAACUGGAGGAUCCAAGGCAAGAAUGGCGAGCCAUUCAGGAGGCCAUGCUUCGAGAAUACCUUCAGACCGCACAGGACGUACUCGAGGCGAAAAAGGAGAUCUACGAUGUGAAGCAACAGAGGUUAUGUCUGGCCCAGGAUGAGUACAAUCACCUCAACAACGCUUUAACGACGCUCGGUGCUUCACGUACAAGUUUGUGCUCCAGUUCAAGUUCAUUGAGUACCAAGUACGAUCCGGAUCUUUUGAAAUCCGAUGUCGCACUUGCGAGGAGUCGAGUUUCCCGGCUGAAACGAGAGCUCGAACAGAUCCGCGCUGAAAUGAACUGUACACAACGAGGAGUGGACACUCUCGCAAGCGUCGAACAGAAAUUGAGCGGACAUCAUGGCGGUUGUUACAACAUCACCGAGGCCCAGGCAAUCAUGACGGAGCUUCGAAACAUUCAGAAAUCGCUGAGUUCGGGCGAAAAGGAGAAAGCCGAGUUGAUGCAGUCCCUGGCUCAAUUGAAGGACGAAUUAACGAGACUACAGCUCUGCGAAGGUAGUCCCGAGGCCAGCACUCUUAGCUUACCUCAGGAGAAGCUUAGUACAGCGUCUCAGACUGAUCUCUCUGGCGAAUUGGUCCCGAUCGGUACUCGUCUGGCCGAGAUGGCACGGAUGAGGUUACAGUACGACGAAGCAAGGAAAAGGAUACAGCAUAUACAACAACAAUUGGCGGACCUCGAGGAAAAAGUAACUCCUGGUCAGACAGAAAGCGACAAGGACAAGUUGUUGCUGUUCCAAGAGAAAGAACAGUUGCUUCGAGAGUUAAGGAGUAUCACUCCGCGUACCAGAACGCAACAAGAUAUGAAGAAGAUCCAGAGUGAGAUCCGUCGCCUCGAGCAGGAUCUAAACAACGCGCUUGAAUUGUCGAACAAGACGAUUACAGAUCGCGUGCGACUGCACGAAGAGAAGCAACUGCUGUUGCAACAGUUGAGGGACGCUUUACGCUCGAUGGCGAUGCUCGAGGGUCAAUUGAAGACUCUCAGUGCGAGCACGCUCUCGGUGAGCAGCAGUUCCAGUCUUGGAAGCCUUAGCACGACCAGUAGCAAGGGUUCACUUAGCUCUGGAUUGAGCUUCACUGAUAUUUACGGCGGUCCUCAGUGUCUGGGCCCUGUCAGCUCUCAACAGGAGCGACCAGUCGACAUGGUUGAUCUACACAGACGCGUAGAAAGAUUGCUCAGAGGAUCGGAGCAGAAUAAUCUCGUCAGUACACCUUCUCCGGGUCGAUCGCAGCCGAGUUUGUCGCCAAGAUCGAGUCUCUCCAGCGUCAGUCCACCGGUCUCGCCGCUUUAUGAGAAUGCCCCGAUGGGGCCACCACCUGCGUAUGAACACGUAGAGAUGCAGAGAAGACAACAUCAGAGACCUACAACCUCAUCAAACGCUCACUUAGAUGGAAAUCAGCUAGAGGACCGUUUGGCGGAGCUUAGGCUUACUCAGCAACAAACGUCGUCCCACGAACAAUCCUGUGUUGCACCUCAAGAUCGUCUUAAGUUGGUCGGUGGCCCACAUCCACCUGUCGAAUUGCAAUCUGGAAAUAUGUCCCAAGGAAGCGGCCUUGGCAGGCCUGUAUGCGUUAUGCAGCAUCAAAUGUCUCCGCAGGAACCACCGCCUCUUUCGCCUAUAAGCGAGACACCUCCUCCUACUGGUAUUCGUUCGAGAGCUAGCAGUUCUGGUACGAACACCAGGUCCGUCUCGGCUGCUGUUUCCGACGAAAGUGUCGCGGGUGAUUCGGGAGUAUUCGAGGCUUCUAAUCGAAGGAAACUGCCUGGAGCGAUUGGCGACGUCAAUUCGUUGGCGCUUGGGGAGAUGAGCCUGGAGACGGCACAGGUGCAAAUUAAGCUUAGAUAUUCUGUAAGUGACGGUUUGCUCCAUGUUGGAAUCGAACGUGCCAGAAAUUUGGCUGCACUUUUCAUACCUAACAACGCGCAAGUAUAUAUAAAGGCUGCAUUGCUUCCGAUGCAACCGCCCGUUAAUCACAUGUGUUGUACGAAACCUGUUGUGGAUCUGCGCAAACCAACCUUCGGCGAAACAUUCCCGAUUGCAGUACCACUCAACAAACUGUACACGAAGACAUUGCAAGUCAACGUUUGGUGUACGGGCAACGAGUCUGAGGAGUGCUUGGGAUCCGCCCAAGUGUCCCUUGCAGACUUUAGUCCAGAAUCGCCAAGCGUGAAAUGGUACAACAUACUUUCCUUUCGCUUCAUGCAACCAUCCGAUAGCCCGAGCACUAGCACCAGCAAUAGCAACAGCAUUUCCAUCAGCGUAGCGAGACAGGCCAAACACGACAAACAAGAAUCAGACUUAUCGGUAUAUCGUGCUGGACAGAAUACGAAAGAAGAAAGCAGUGACGAGAGCACGAUUAUCAGCUCUCAAACGUCGACUCUGACGAGAAAUCAGGGAUGCGAUGAACUGCAAACGGCAAUCUCGUUAAGGCUGGAGGAGCUAGCCAAUUGCUUGGGAAGUCCUGAAGAAGAGGAUGAGAACGGUGGAAGUGAAAGCGGAAGUGAGGACAGUGACGAGGAAGGAAUCAUUGUAGAAUUUACGAUGGAAGAUAAUGUUCUGGAGGAUGUGUUAGAACAUGAGGAGGACGAGGAAUUAAACGAAGAAGCAAGACAAACUCAGGACAAAGAAACUAAUACUGAGUGCGUUUUCAUCCCAGAACAAGGAAAACAGAGGAAACUUUCGGCAGCCGGUGUCGUUUCUAGUGUUAUGCACGAUGAUAAAAAUUCGAUCGUAAUCAAAAGAAGUCAAACGUUUUCACCCAGUGCUGCAGUCAGCAAAAAUCACUAUAUUUGUCGGCUGAAUCGAAGCGAUAGUGAUAGUAGCAUGCCACUUUAUCGCAGAGGCGGACCAUUUCAACGAAAUUCAGUAGAAAGACGGUCUCUUCGAUGGCGAAGACCUUUGUCCGCUCUCAGUUGUAAAACUGCCUCAAAAAAGUCUACCAAUUUACCACCUACCGCUAGAACCUCACUGGAUCUUGAAUUGGAUCUUCAAGCACAGCAUGCCAGACUGAACAAUCUGCAGGACGAGUUGAGUAGAUUGCGAGAAUUAAAGCAAAGGUUAGAACAAGCGCGAGAAAAGGGAGACACAGACUUUGCAACGUGGUUGUUAGAGGACCACAAGUUCCAGAACCUGAUGGCACAAGCCGAAAGUGGAAAGAACGGCAAAAGUGCCGAGGAUAAAAGAGUAGAGAAGAUGUUGAAGAAAACUUCGAAAGAAAUCUACAAACUGCGGAAAACAAAAGCUGGGAAAGGAAAACCUGAUAUUAUUUCGUUCAAAGAAAAGAUGGCUUUCUUCACACGUGUUAAUCUCAAUGUUCCUGUACUUCCACCCGAAGAUUCAUUGUGUGAGAAUCCAUCGUCACCAUCACCAUCACUUAUUCAGCACAGGAGACACGCCUCGGAACCAAUUGCUACUGAAUACAUGGUUACUAAGCUUGGUGCUCAAGGUGUUUCAAAUUUGACCAUGCGGUCAAAUAGUGUUCCUAGCGGGAAUGCGUCCGCGGUGAAGACUGACGGUGCCGCGACCAAUAACACGACUACGGUCACGAACGUGAUCGAGGACGUUCCGGCGAACAGUACAAAUAAAUCUGUGAACGCGAAAGGUCGAUCUACCGAGGCGAACGUGCAUUGUCAAGAAAAUGGUCAAGGUAGUGAGAGCCUAAAAUCAACAGAAGAAAACGAUAGUGAAGAGCCAAGGAGAGCAUACAUGGCCCCACCGAGCAGCUGGACUGCAAUAUUGAAAAUGUAACAAACGAAGAAAAAGAAAGUAAAGGGAAAGAGGAAGAAGCUGUCGCCCUGGUUGGCUGAACUCUGCCUCGAUUCCAUUACUGCCAUUUCGUAACGUGUUCGCAAUUAUAAUUUCGAAUACUCUUCCUUCCGGCUACAUCGAACGAUAUAAUAAGUAAGUGUCUUUUUAUUGUAUUUUUAGCAAUGAGUUGAGUUCAGCUAUGUUCCGUUUCAAUUAGAUUAUUCUCACUCGGCUCAAAGCGUAUUGCGAAAUGUGUUAACGUUGUGAAAUUGUUGAUCCCUUUAUUGAUGAAAGAGAUAUAGCGAGGUCAUAAAAUUAGUCAUAGUUGAAAAUACAUGGUCUUCAAACGUCGAAGCAAAAUUUCGAAGAAGAAAGAAGAUCUAAGGGGAGAGAUAAGGCGCUUGAGCUUUGCCGAAAAUGUAAGAUGUCAACUUAGAAUUAAUACUUCCUUUACAACUGUAGCUUUAUUUUUACCAAUACAGUGAUUAUUAUGAAAUAAAAAACGACGGAGGUUAAUACUGCGUAAUUUUAAUGUAUGUCUACUUGAUGCUUUAACUUAUGACCUCAUCAUAUGACACGGUACAUGAUAUUGAUCCAAGCAUCUGCAUGUACACGUAUGUAUUUGCGUUAAUUCUUUAAUAUAUCCAAAUACAGAGUCAUUAACAUUUUAUCGAUUGAAAAAAUAAUUAGGUGUAUCAGUGGUACGAAUGCAGCGAUUACUUGAAUUUAACUUUAAUAUUUCUGUACCAUUUUGGCGAGUAUAUCGAGGAACCUGGUAGAGAUUGAAUUUUCUUAUGGAGGUUAGUAAAUGCCUUUGAAACAAUAAUCAUGUAAAUAACUUUGUAUAUACGCAUCGACAAUCAUGUUUACGCGUCUAUAAAAUAUAAAUAUAUAUAGAUACAAAUUAUAUACAUAUAUCCAUGUAUUUACGUGUUCAUGCGUGUGGGUCUAUAUGUUGCAACAUAUGUUAUGCGUAUACAUGUAUGUAUGUAUCUAUAGCGCGUAUAAGACAGAGAAAUUUAUGCGAUAAAUUUGUAUGGUCCGAGAAUGCAUAUUUUUAUAGUAAAAUACGUGCACAAUUUGUACAACAGCUUUUAUUGACAACACAAAGGAAGAAACGGAAGUAGUAUGUUCUGUAAUGGGAUUACGUUUUCAAAGUGCAGGACCUAUUACGUAUAUAUGUAUUUAAUUAAUGUGUUGCAUUAACGUAUUGUAAACCAAUCAUUCGACGGAAUGACGUAAUGUCUUACGGUGUUGAAAUCAAGUAUGACAAUGAUGUCAAUGACAAAUGUUAAACGAUGGGGCGACGAUAGUAACAAACGCGUUUAUGAUGGACGGUAGCAAAAUAAAAAACAACAAUAAUGCUACCGUUAAUAACGGUAUCAAUGAUAAUGGCAACGCAAAGUGGCGGCAAUGGGUAUAGUAGAACAUGAAAUAUGAGUCAUGGUACUGAUAUCGAUAAGAAUAGUAAUAACGAUAAUAAUAAGUUCGUAAUGAAAUAUAUACAUACAUAAACACGUACAUCCUCCGAAAAACAACCACAAUAUGACUUGUAAGUAAUAAUAAUGAUUUAAAUGGUAGUGAUUCAUAUGAUAACGAUUAAAAGGAAAAAAAAUACAGUAUAUAUAUUCUUGCCAUA